CUAGCAGCCUUGUUGAAGUGGAGUGAGGAAGAAAAGAUAGACCACUUAGGGCAGCAUGUGUCACUAAGCUUAGGAAGGGAUAUUAUGGCCAUCGUCGCCGCCAGUGGAUCCUGGAAGGAGACCCGAAACGAAAUGAUGAGGAAGUAUCUAAAGGCGGAGAAAAUGACAACCGAAACCGAAUUGGCAGCCGUGCAGAGGAAGAACUAUGCGACUUACAACGACUUCCUGAGAGCAUUUACCCUAGUGGCGUUACGAAUUCCAGGGGUAACAGAAUGGAUCUUGAGUAAGUACUUCCUUAGACAGUUCUCCGAGUUCGACAAAGAUAAGAUUAUGUCGGCCUAUCAACAGACCAACAAGUUUGAGUACACGAGGGACAUAGACUUCAGUACGGUAACAAACCUUGCGGAGAAGACGGUGGUAACCGAGACGUUAGUUUUGCUUACGGAGGGAAAGGUCAUAGACUUGACCGGAAAGACGGGAGACACGGUGAAGAAGGGGAUUGAAAGUCUGCACGAGCGGGUGCAUGGAGUCGAUAAUAAGAUAGAAACGGUGGAAAAUGCACUAUUGGUAAUGCAGGCGGAAGUAUCUCGACCCUCCCUCCCACUCCAAGAGGUCGUGGUUCCGGCAGCAGUAGCCAACCGAGGAUACGCCAGGAAAGAUCCGUCCAAUGAGCAGUGUCGAUAUUGCACGAUGAUCGGUCGCUUUGUAGAAGAGGCUCCGGAACCGCAAGAGCAGGAAACGGAGGAGGCUGAGGCACCGCAAGGGGUCGCCAACCUUGAGAGGAUUCCAAGGGAUCUGGAGGACCUGGAAAAGACCUUUGCAGACAUCCGCUUAAGCCUACCUGACCGAGAAGGUGGCGAGGUCAUGAGGGCACCUCCCGAGACGAAGCUCAACUUCCAUGCACUGCCCGUAGGAAAGCUGAAGGUCCAGAUCGAGACCCAUCACACAGACGCACUAGUAGACGGAGGACCAGGGAAAAAGAAAACAGCAAGAAAGACGAAAAUGGAAUUCGGGAAUGAGAACGACAACAAUUUCAUCAACAGGCCCAGCGGGGAACGAGGGCCAAGACCAACCGGGGAACCAAGUACCAAAAAGAGAAAGUUGUAUGUGGGAUUUGACUUCAACUUGGUUGUCGGCAGGGGAGGAAGAAAACAGGGAACCAGGGGGCCCUCACCUCUUAGAGAAGGGGAAGGGAUAUAUGUCCCAUCUGAGAGUGAGAGCGAGGGAGAAAAUACGAGCCGAGGAAAAAGGCAGGAACCGGACAAGGGAGAGAGUCAGGGCCCUAUCUGGGAGGGCGCCGAAAGUGGUAAACAACAUGUAUGGCAUAAUGACGUAUGUGAUGAAAGACCUCACCGCCAUGAGCGAGAGGAAUGCGAGGGAGAGUGUAGCCCUAUUCGAGAUGGCAGCAGUGAUGAGAAUGAGGAAGAGCCCAAUGAGGUCAUAGAUAUCAACAGUGGGAAGGAAGAUGAAGAGGUCACAAGGCCAGUAGAAGAAGUACGAUAAAGGGAUGAGGAUCCGGAGAAUGAGAAUGAUAAAUGGAUACGAGAGUU